AUGGUUUCAUUUAGCGUGAAAUAUAUCGAGUACUUUGGAGAUAUAACGCCCAUAGUUUUACAGUCAGACAAUGGACCUUGUCCUUUUCUGGCCCUCAUUAAUAUAUUAUUACUCAGACAUAUGAUAUCGCUGCCAAUUGAUAUAAAAUCUGUGGAAUUCGAUUACUUGUGCACCACUGUUAUUGAUAUUUUAGUGGAAUCUCAUACUCAAUUGGAUAUAGAUCAGCUAAAAUAUACCAUGCUAGAUAUGCAACGUGGUAUAGACGUGGACUGUGGUUUCAAAAAUAUUUAUGACAUAACAAUUUCCUCUGAGAUUGACAUUUUUAAGCAUUUUGGUAUCAAUUUUGUGCAUGGGUGGGUAGUGUCUACAUAUGAUACUUACUACUAUCCCAUCUUGUACAGAUUUACAUAUAACAAAUUGAUGGACCAGCUGGUACUAUACCAAACACAAGGUACAACCGAUGGAUCUAAUAAUGAAUCAGAGCUAUCAUCUGAAGAAGUAGAUAUAGUCAAUAAUUUUAUUAAAAACUACUCAUCACAACUCACUGAGGAAGGACUGAUACAAUUAGUAACGAAUUUGCAAGAAAAUGAAUUGGCAAUAUUAUUUUACAACAACCACUGUACAGUGGUACUAAAGUACAACAAGGAGUUGUAUUGUUUGGUAACAGACAUUGGAUAUCGUGAAAAUUCUUGUGUUUGGGAGAAGUUAGAUAAUAUAUAUAAUGACACUAGUUUUUAUGAUGACAAAUUCCAAAAAUAUACAGCCGAAAUGGAUGAUAUCAAAUUACCUUCUGGCGGCAAAGGAACUAAAAAAAUAGCUAGGUCCACCUGGCUAAGUAAAGUAGGAAAAAACACCGCCAAAAUAUCGUCAAAGACAUGUAAUUCACCACGUAGUUCCGGUAGAAGAAGGUCCAAAUGCCAAUUAAUGUAG